UAUACAUAUACAUUACAGGUACCGAUUUCUAUUAGUAACACUUCUUUCUAAAUAGCGACACGCGAUGUGCCGAUUGACUUGGGAGAACCGUGGGGAUCAGUGACAGUCCAACGAAGCAUGUUACCGUUAAAAUUCUAUCACGACUUCAAUUGCGAGAUACAAUCGUAUAGUUACGCCUUCGGUCCGUGCUGGGAGCCCGUUAUCGCUCAGUGCAACUUAACGUUCGAGAAAAUUAUUCCGCCUUCCCGCGAUCCGUCGCCCCCCUUACCAUUUUGGGAUAAAAUGAGACUGUUGCUGCACGGUCGGUUGACGAUGGUAGUGCAACAGCUGACCGUUUUGCUGCACGCCUCUUUAGAUCCGUACAACACAACUGAAGAAAUGGAACUGACUUGGAACCAAGUAAUAAUGGAUUGGACUAACGCAAAGUUCGUUUACAAAGGCGAUCUAAAUAUCUUCGUGAGGACCGCUUCAAAGUACGAUGACUGCAAACUGCUCCACCUACCCAACUUAAAAUUGAUCGUCAACAUUCAGUGGGCUAGUUUAGGCGACCCCAACGACCACCAUAGCGUUAUACAGUGCGCUCCGGAUAAAAUUCCAGAGUACUCCAGCAAUCAGGUAUAUUUUUACUUAAGGGUCAAUCCAAUUGAAAUCACCCAAUAUAAAUAUAAUUUGUUGCUCAGCAUUUUUUAUUUUUCUGGUUUUUAUUUCAUAGGUUCCCUUCACAAAUCAGCAUUUGAAAAAAUUUUAUAAGCCAUGGUUUUUUUG